AUGACAAGCUCCAAGGUCUGGUUUAUCACUGGCUGCAGCAGUGGAUUCGGUCGAGAGCUCGCACUUGGUGCGUUGAGACGCGGUGACAGAGUCAUCGCCACCGCUCGCAAUGCCAGCAAGCUUGACGACAUCAAGGCCGCUGGCGCCACGACAAUGAACUGGGAUGUCACUGCACCCCUGGACGAUCUCAAGAAGACAGCCGAACAGGCACAUCAAGUCUACGGGAGAUUUGACUAUCUGAUCAACAACGCAGGUUACAACCAAGUUGGAGGACUCGAGGAACUCACUCCGGAAGAAACUCAAGCACAAUUCGCCACCAAUGUGUUUGGGCUGUUGAACACUACCCGGGCCAUUGUACCGUACAUGCGGGCGCAACGCUCAGGAGUUGUGGCCAACUUCUCCAGUGUCGGUGCUUGGCGAGGUGUCGCAGGCGCGGGACUUUACUGCUCUUCCAAGUGGGCGGUCAGUGGUAUCUCCGAAACUCUUUACUUUGAGCUGGCAGACUUCAAUAUCAAGGUCUGCACCGUCGAACCUGGAUAUUUCCGUUCCAACUUUCUCAGCGCCGGCAACAAGCUCAAGCGAGGGAACGCGAUUGCCGAUUACGAAGGCACGGCGGUGCGAAAGGGGGAGCAGUUAAUGGAUGAAUAUGACAACAAACAGCCUGGCGACAUCAAGAAGGGCGUCGCGGUUCUGAUCAGCGUCCUGACUGGAGAGACAGGAAGGGAAAUCCCAAUGCGGUUGGUGCUCGGACCAGAUGCCUACAGAAUGAUCAAGGCCAAGUGUGAGGAGACCAUCAAUGGUCUUGAAGCGUGGAAGGAUCUAACUUGCUCGACCGAUUUGGACGAGAAGUGA